GGCACAGCCCAGUUCCUAAAGAAAUCAGACCAAAGGCCAAAGGAGUACUCUCAGAAAGGACAAAGCCUUUGAACAGAUCCCAGAUAAAGCUUGGAGAGCUCAAGAUGCAGAGAGUGGAGCUUGAAAUCCAGCAGAGAUGUGCCCUUAAACUCCAGGGGCAGCUAGAAGGCAGCAAGCUCAGAGGGCUCUGUGGGUGCUGGCACCUGUGUCCUCACCAGCCUGGGAGUUUUGAGGGGUUCUCUUUGGAUCCCACUUCAGAACACCAAGUAAUGUUGACCUUAAAAAUAAAACAGUUGUUUUUCUAGCAAAAAUGGGUCAAUUCUAGAACAUCAGAGAAUUGCCUUUUGGGACAAGCAUGCCACGGCAAAAAAGCAUAGGCAAGUCCAACAACACAAGGAAUGUUAUUUUAUAGGGAAGAAGGAGGAAGGUGAGAGGGGUUAUUUUAAAUAAAUGCCUAUUGGAGAAAAGAGACAGCUUAGGGUGCUGGUGGUUUCUCAUUGGCUGAGUUGCUGGGGUAGUCAAGUUCUUGGACGGGGUGCAAUGUACAUCUUUUCUUGUUGGGGCCUGUGACUGAUGAUUCUUUCCUGUUGAUGAUUCUUCUGUUGUGAUCUGUAGUUGACAAUUCUUCCUGUAGUUGAUGUGGAGCGGUACUGCUGAGAGCUGCCCUUCUGUCCUCUGGAUCCAUUAAGCUGGGCCCUUUCCUGGGAUUGUGGACGUUUCUGGAGCUGGAGGUGGCCUUCCAGAAUAUCGAGCUAGUCUGCUGGCUGGGAAAGGUUUUGCUGUGAUGUCUCUGGCCUAUUAUAACUAUGAAGACCUCCCCAAGGGCAUAGAGAACCUCCACCUGGAGUACUUUGAAGAAGCUGUGAACUACCUGCUUCAUCACCCUCAGGUAAAGGGUCCAGGAGUCGGGCUGCUUGGGUUUUCCAAAGGCGGCGACCUCUGCCUCUCCAUGGCGUCGUUCCUGAAGGGCAUCACCGCGGCCGUCAUAAUCAAUGGCUCUGUGGCCAAUAGCGGCGGAAACUUACACUACAAGGGUGAGACACUGCCGCCUGUGGGUUUUGACCGAGGUCGAGUCAAGGUGACCAAAGAUGGCUUAGCAGACAUUUCGGAUGCCCUGAACAGCCCUUUGGAAGGCCCUGACCAGAAGAGCUUCAUUCCCGUGGAAAGGGCUGAGUGUGCCUUCCUCUUCCUUGUGGGUCAGGAUGACCACAACUGGAAGAGUGAAUUCUAUGCGAAUGAGGCCUCGAAACGCUUGCAGGCCCAUGGUAAGCCGAAGCCCCAGAUCGUCUGUUACCCCGGGGCGGGGCACUACCUUGAGCCUCCUUACUUCCCCUUGUGCCGGGCCUCCAUGCACGCCUUGGUGGGCCGCCCUGUCAUCUGGGGAGGGGAGCCCAGGGCUCAUGCCAGGGCCCAGGUGGAUGCUUGGCAGCGGCUCCAGACUUUCUUCCACAAACACGUGGGUGGGAAGAAAGGGUCGAUCCCAUCCGUGCUGUAGUCUUUCAUCUGACUGUGUGGCAUCUCUGAUGCUACUCUGUCCUGGGAACAGCUGCCACAAGUAGUGUAUAUGUGUCGCUGUUUUCUUUUCAAUAAUUUCUUAGAGUUUUUCCCCUUCAGUAUUAAAGUGAACUUACCAGGAACUUUUCAAGAUUUUUAGAAAUUACAUACUUUUUCAGUUGUUUGGGAGGAGAGUUAUUCUACAGAAAACACAACACGUGGAGAAAGCAUGCCCUUUAGUAUCUAACAACACAUAACCAACAAGGCUUUAGCUCUGAAAUGAAGAGUCGUACCUGGUAAACAAUUCCUGCUAGGUAAUUGUUUGAAUUGUUUAUUAUUGAACUUGCAAUUAUAUACUAAUUUAUUAAUAAAUAAAUGGUUACCUACUGUAUAUGAAAAUCUUAUGAAAUAUUAAAAAUAUCAGAUUUGAG